CAGAAAAGAGCUGCUUGAUGUAGAAGGAAAGUAGGUCGUUGAUGUAGAAAAUGCCUCUAAGGGACAAGUGUUGCCAGACAGACCACCAUCACCAUGGAUGCUGUGAACCAGUGCAUAUGCUGGAGGCCGGGGAUCCACCUUUAUUGCAGCCACCUCUUCAAACAUCAAAAUCUGGCAUUCAACAAAUUAUUGAGUGUUUUCGUUCAGGAACUAAGCAGCUUAAACAUAUUCUGUUGAAAGAUGUGGAUACCAUAUUUGAAUGUAAAUUGUGCCGCAGUCUCUUCAGAGGACUACCAAAUUUAAUAACUCAUAAAAAGUUCUAUUGUCCUCCAAGUCUCCGGAUGGAUGACAACUCUCCUGAUGUAAACGAUAAACAAAGUCAAGCCAUAAGUGAUCUCUUGGAAGCCAUGUAUCCAAAAGUGGACAAGCAAGAUUAUAUAAUCCAUCUGGAGCCUAUAGAAACAAACAAAAAUGCUGUGUUUCAACAUGUUUCAAUGGCUGACUGUGCUACUGAGAACAUUGAAGUGAACGUCACUCCUGUCCAAGCCCCUGCAGAAAUGCCAGAGCCCAGCAUAGAACCACCUAAAACAGUUCCAGCUCCUUCAGAAACAGAAACUGUAGAGAUUCCUCCUGCUGCUGCUGCUAGCAAGGUAAUAGCUACUCCAGAAGAACCAUCCCCAUCCUCGAAACCUGAGUCGGAAAGUGAGAACACUAAUUCUGGUGGUCAUCAGUUAAUUUGUUGUCUCUGUAAAAAAGAAUUCCAUUCCAGACGCAGCGUACGUCGUCACAUUAGAAAAGUGCACCAAAAAAAGAUGGAAGAACUAAAGAAAUUUAUUGAAAUUAAAAAAAAGCCAAAUCAGACUUCUGGAAUGGGACGCAAUAAGAAUGUCCUUGUAACAUUGGGCAGAAGUUGUCCUGUAUGUUUUAAAUCCUUUGCUACAAAAGCCAAUGUAAGACGGCAUUUUGAUGAAGUCCAUAGGGGAUUGAGGAGGGAUUCUAUUACUCCUGCUAUAGCUACAAAACCUGGCCAACCAUUGUCCUUGGAUACAAGUUCUAAAAAAUCACUUAAGUCUCCAAAACAGAAGUCUUCUUCAAAGGCAGAAUACAAUUUAACUGCCUGCAAAUGUCUAUUGUGCAAGAGAAAGUACAGCUCCCAAGUAAUGCUUAAAAGGCAUAUGCAAAUUGUUCACAAGAUAACUCUUUCUACAAAAAGUACUAAAAGAGAAAAAAAGUCCAGUAAUACUGUUAACACAGACGUGAAAGUUAAAACUGAACCAACAGAUUCUUCAGAAUCUGUGCCUCCCAUUUUCACUUCUGUUCAAAAUGAUGCGAAGGGGGCAAAUACUUUAAAUGAGAGAAAGAACGCUUCGUCUGCCGAGAGGAAGAACGCUUCGUCUGCCGAGAGGAAGAACGCUUCGUCUGCCGAGAGGAAGAACGCUUCGUCUGCCGAGAGGAAGAACGCUUCGUCUGCCGAGAGGAAGAACGCUUCGUCUGCCGAGAGGAAGAACGCUUCGUCUGCCGAGAGGAAGAGCGCUUCGUCUGCCGAGAGGAAGAGCGCUUCGACUGCCGAGAGGAAGAGCGCUUCGACUGCCGAGAGGAAGAGCGCUUCGACUGCCGAGAGGAAGAGCGCUUCGUCUGCCGAGAGGAAGAGCGCUUCGUCUGCCGAGAGGAAGAGCGCUUCGUCUGCCGAGAGGAAGAGCGCUUCGUCUGCCGAGAGGAAGAGCGCUUCGUCUGCCGAAAGGAAGAGCGCUUCAAAGAAUACACCAUCAACGGAGAGAAAGAAUACACCAUCAAUUGAGAGAAAGAAUACACCAUCCACGCAGAAAAGUAAAGUUAAGCAGGGCUCAGAAAACUCAAAGUCUGCUAAUCAGUCUAUUGUGGGUAGUGCAAAAAAACCCAGGAAACCAAGACUUUCAGCAGGCUUUGAUUUCAAGAAGCUUUACUGUAAACUCUGUAAACGUCAGUUUACCUCUAGACAGAAUCUAACAAAACACAUUGAGUUGCACACAGAUGGGAAUAACAUAUAUGUUAAAUUCUACAGGUGUCCCCUCUGCACUUAUGAAACACGCCGAAAGCGUGAUGUGAUAAGACACAUAACGGUAGUACAUAAAAAGUCUUCACGUUACCUUGGUAAAAUAACUGCAAGCUUAGAAAUCAGAGCAAUAAAAAAGCCCAUUGACUGUGUUCUGAACAAGGUGACAAAAAGAGGCCCUCAGAGGGAUGAAGGAAAACAAAAUGGUUCAAAACAAGAUGUCGCCUCUAAUUCACCAGGUAAAAAGUAUGAAGGAGCCGACGUUGGCAUUGAAGUGAAAGUCACAAAAAACUUUUCUCUGCACAGAUGCAAUAAAUGUGGGAAAGCAUUUGCCAAAAAGACUUUCCUAGACCAUCACAAGAAGACUCAUAAGGCAAAUGCAUCACACUCACCUGAAGAAAACAAAGCCAAAGGAAGAAGUACGAGAUCUAAAGCUCUUGUUUGGUGAGAAACAGCUAGUGCCUUCUUAAGUGUUUGUCUGAUUUUUCCAGUGGUAUGCCUAGCUCAGACAUACUUUUCUGCAUAAAUUGAUGCU